AUGUCUACUCCCACACCGCCUGCGCAGGCGCAGACGGGAAAGUGUCUCAGCUACGCGCGUUCCCCGCCGCCGUCGCCGCCGCCGCCACCGCCACUGCCGCGCCAGCCAGCGCCAUAUCCUCAAGGCGAAAUAAUCCGACACAAUGGUCACCACUACGCAGUGCGGCACGGCGACUUGCUCACCAAAUACACAACCAGCCCCGAGGGCAUGGGAAUCGGCGCCCACCCCAACGAGGCGAUUGUUCUGCGCUUUGUCAAGCAGCACACCACGAUACCGGUCCCUGACGUCAUCGGUAGCGACUGGGAUCGCAUCACCAUGUCCUUUGUGCAAGGGCAGACCUUGGAGCAGGCCUGGCCCGCCCUCACGCAAGCCGAGCGAUCGACCGUCUUGGACGAGUUGAGAGGCUACAUUGCGCAGCUCCGGGCCCUCCCCGGCACGCGCCUCGGCCGGCUCGACGGGCACGGCGUCGUAGUGCCGAGCGUCCUGACACGCUCCGGGGGGCCGUUUGCCACCCAGGCCGAGUUUCACCGUUGGCUGGUUCGACCACCGCGGCGCGUAGGCUCGCGGAGCGUGUUUUGGCACCAGAUCAAGACGCAGCUCCGCGACGAUUACCCCAUUGUCUUUACGCACGGCGACAUUGCGGCCAAAAAUAUCAUGGUGCGCAACGGCCAUGUUGUCGCGCUGCUGGGCUGGGAGUACGCGGGCUGGUAUCCCGAGUGCUGGGAGUAUGUUUUUGCGCUUCGUGGUUUGGAUAGUAUAGACUGGAAAACUCUCGGCGACCAAGUUCCAUCGCUGUUUUCUACUCGCUAUGACCUAGAGUACAUUCUUAUUGGCUUCAUCCUCAAUGCAUCUUGA